CACUGAAUGUAUGCUCCUAAAGUUUAAUGAGAACUAGGUAUAUUCCAAUGAAGAGGUAAAUAUGAUAAAGAUAUUCUGAUGUUUCCAGAAAUUACAAGUCUAAUUUAUUAUUCUCGAUCUUAAAAGGACAAUUCUAAACUUAUUGUAAGAAUAAUUGAAAUGUGACUAAAAUUUGUAAGUUUUUAAGAACAUGAAUCAAUUCUUUUAACUUAUCAACGGCACUCGCAGUCGCUGGGCUUGAACACCUUCGCAUUUAGGUAUAAGUUUUAAUGACCACACAGGUCGCUCGCACUGAAUUUGUUACUCCAACAAUGGUCCACGCAUGCCCAUAAAGUACAAUUAUACUCGUACGGCCACCAGCCACAAAAAACACGUAUCUUUAUGGAAAUUUAGCGAUGCGUAGCGAUGGUGUGAUUCGCUCACAUCGAUGCUCUCCUAUUGUCGUCCCCCCCUUAAUGUGAUUUAACUGAAUUAUGAAGUAGAAAUGGUCACAAUUUGGUUUCGACUGUCCAGUGGUUAGCCCGUGCUGUGUUCCCGAAGUGUUGGCGACACUAAGCGGCCGUGUGUAGCGUGAUUACUUGGACUUUGUGAAUUUGAAGUGCUACGUGCGAAGCGGCAAGUGCUACGUCUCGUAGGCCGCCUUGACAGAAAAGCUCAAGUGACCAUAUGAGUGGUCGGUGACGCUGCUCCCAGUAGCGUCAGAAGAUGAAGCCCCGGGGGGCGAGCGUCAUGCACGCCUUCACUGCGCUCACCAUGCUCACCAUGGCUAAUGCUCAAACGACUUGCAACCAAGGUAUGGGUCGCGUUAUGUAUGAGAGACUACCGAACCAACAGCUACAUGGAUUCGAUGACGAUGUUGUACGCGAAACGGCGCCACCUUUCCGCGUAUUGGAGAAAUGCCAGGACCUGUGUCUGCGAGACCGUUCAGGGAACAGUCUCGUCAGGACUUGCAACUCUAUAGAUUUCCAACCUGGAGCUCGUAUCGCAGCCUUCAGUCCAGAACCAGAGUACGAGGAGUCCACAUGCUACCUGACGCGGGAACAGGCCGCUCCCGAAGGCAUUGGGACCCUUAUGAUCGUGCCAAACAGCGUCCACUUCAAUGAAAUUUGCCUCACAUCGAAUCGUCCGGAGCGAGAAUGCCCCUCUCGCCGCUAUGUUUUUGAACGUCAUGCGCGCAAACGCCUCAAACUUCCACCUUCCGAUUUGAAAGAGAUGAUGGUUGCUAAUCGGACAGAAUGCGAAGACAAAUGCUUAGGAGAGUUCAGCUUUGUUUGCCGGUCCGCUACUUUUGACUCUGCGCUGAGGACCUGCUCUUUGAGCAGAUUCACAAGACGGACUCAUCCAGAAUUAUUGGAGGAUGACCAUAACGCUGACUACCUAGAAAAUACUUGUUUAAACGCUGAGCGACGCUGCGACGGCCUUGCAGUAUUUAUCAAGGAGGAAAAUAAACGACUUGGUGGUCCAUUUGAAGCUGAUGUAUUUUCUAAUAUGACUCUCGACGAAUGCCAAGCUAUGUGCGUUCGGGCCGAAAAAUAUUUUUGUCGCUCGAUAGAGCAUGACGCGAUGACUCGCCAGUGUGUUCUCUCGGAAGAAGAUUCUGUGUCGCAGAAAGACGACGUGACGGUGAGCGCGUCACCGACGCAUCACUUCUACGACCUUGUUUGUUUGGACAAUCCUCGCGGCACGGAGUACCCGGACAACAGCGUGACCUCACACCUCUUCUCGCCCGGACGCCGGCCGGACACGGCCUUCCAGAGAUACAGAAACAGCCGGAUCACCGGCGAAUUCCAUUCGGAGAUUACCGGACGCUCGCUUAGCGAGUGUUUGGACGAAUGUUUGAGGCAGACCAGCUUUCAGUGCAGGUCGGCAGUGUACAGCGACAGAGCCAGGACUUGCCGGCUAAGCAGAUAUAAUCAGAAGGAUGGCAUGCGACUGCUUUACGACCCCGAUUUCGAUUAUUAUGAAAAUUUGAUGCAUCAGCUAGUUGCUGGCGAAACCGAGGCAGGGAGUCCUGGAACCGCUUCUCAGGGUACAUGGGGGGGACGGCCCGCCACCUCCACAGGUGGUAGUAAUGGCGGCGACCGAGACCGAUACCCGCCAGGCGUAGACCGCUACCCAGAUGACGACCGGUACCCAGACGAUGACCGGUACAGCGACCGUCGACCCGAUCGGUACCCAGACGACCGGUACCCGGGCGGCUCCGACGAUCGCUAUCCCGACGACCGGUACCCACCCGGCGUCGGAUCAGACCGCUACCCGUCUGACCGAUACCCACCAGGAGUCGCUGACCGAUAUCCUGCUGACAGAUACCCACCCGGCAUUGACCGCUACCCGCCCGGUAUUGAUCGCUACCCACCUGGUAUUGACCGUUACCCAGCUGGCCCUGACCGCUACCCAGUCGGUGUAGACCGCUACCCAGCUCCUGUCGAUCGUUACCCUGCUGGCGCUGACCGAUACCCAGCCCCCGUUGACAGAUACCCGCCAGGAGUUGAACGUUACCCCUCAGCAGUAGAUCGAUAUCCACCUGGCGUUGACCGAUACCCCUCAAGCGGUGGCAGGUAUCCCCUUCCCAGUGGUGAUCGCUACCCAAUAGAGAGUGGACGAUACCCGUAUGACUAUGCUUCUAACGACCUCGGAAGAUAUCCAGCUGACAGAUAUCCUAUAAGCCGAUACCCCAUUGAUGUGUAUCCUGAAAGAUUCCCAGCAGAAAGAUACCCAGAAAGGUUCCCAAGUAGAGGUAGUGGACGAUACCCGUCAAGACCGGGGUGGAUCCCUAACCGUUACCCCGACAGACUCGAUCAGGACCGAUAUGGGGGCAACGAUAUUGGACGAUACCCGUUUAGUAGGUACCCGGUCGGAGUGAACCGCGACCCGGUACCGCUAGGCGGGGACCGUUACCCAGACCUGUAUGACAAAUAUCCGCCGACCGGAUCGUCAUAUCCUGCAGGCUAUGGACGCGGUGGAUAUUACGGACCAGACUACGUUGGGCCUGAACGAUUCCCAGAUAGAGGGGUUCGACCUGGUACCGACAGAUAUCCAGUGGAACCCAGACCCAGUUUUGGUAUUCGGCGACCUAUCGAGAGGCCGAAUGGUUACCGUGGGUCUUACCCUCAAGCGGGACCAGUUGAACGUCCUUUAGGUGGUCCAGUAUAUGGCGGUGGUCCGGUUUAUGAACCAGAUGGUCCGAUCGGACCAGUAGGAUCUCCUGUCGGUGGACCUGUUGGCAGACCAAUCGCUGGUCCAAUCGGGGGUCCAAUCGGGGGCCCAAUAGGGGGCCCAAUCGGUGGACCCAUUGGUGAUCCUCUUGGAAGGCCUCCAGUUGGACAAAGACCGUGGCAAGGAUCACGUUGUGAAGAGGAUAGCUUCAGACAAGUAGGCAGACAACGGAUGCAACGAAGAUAUGUACGGCGUUUCACUACCGCACAAUCCUUGGCACACUGCCAGCGUGAAUGCAUAGAAGCCAGAGACUUUAUCUGCCGGUCAUUCAACUAUAGGGAAGGCGGAUACGCUGGCGAGCCCCGAGACAAUUGCGAGCUAAGUGAUCGUGACACUCGUGAAUUAGAUGCCGCCAACCCGGCGCAUUUCGAUAAUACGGCGAACGAAUAUGACUUCUAUGAGAGAGCUCUCGGAAGGAUCGCUGAUGAUUGUUUAGAUGUUUCCCAAGUGUGUAACGAGGAUGGUAUGGAGUUUACUCUCCGACUGCCUGAAGGUUUCUACGGUCGGAUGUACACGUAUGGUUUCUAUGACCGUUGCUUCUUCCGCGGGAAUGGCGGUGUGGUGAAUGCUCUUCGCAUCACAGGAGCGCACGGCUAUCCCGAAUGUGGGACACAGCGGUAUGGAGACACAAUGACAAACAUCGUAGUGGUUCAAUUUAGCGACAAUGUCCAAACAUCAAGAGACAAACGGUUCAACUUAACUUGCUUGUUCAGAGGCCCCGCUGAGGCAGUCGUUACAUCCAAUUACAUCGGCGCCGGGUCGGGAAGCCCGAUCCCCAUCGAGUAUUUGCCAGAAGAAAGCUCUUUGAAUUCCAAAGUUCGUCUGAUGAUCCUUUACCAAGGAAGGCCGACCACUACCAUUGCUGUUGGAGACCCGCUGACGUUCAGGCUGGAAGCUCAAGAUGGAUACAACUAUGCUACAGACAUUUUUGCCACCAAUGUGAUCGCUAGAGAUCCAUAUUCCGGACGUUCGGUGCAAUUGAUUGAUCGAGUUGGAUGCCCAGUCGAUCCCGAUGUAUUCCCGGAAUUAGAUAAAGGCCGCAACGGAGAUUCAUUGGAAGCUCGAUUCAACGCGUUUAAAAUACCUGAAUCUAACUUCUUAGUGUUCGAGGCCACCGUGCGCACGUGCCGCGAUGGAUGUCAACCGGCUUACUGUCCAAGUCACACAGGAAGAUCGGAGCCGUCAUUUGGAAGACGCAGAAGGGAUGUGAACUCUACUCUAAACGCUGAAGGCAAUGAUACUGCUGAGGUAAAGCCUCGUGACGAAAAUAACACGAAAACCGACAAAGGAGAUGACAAAAAUGCAGGAACUGUCUACAAAGUGUCGUAUGAAGAGGCAAGCGUUGACAAGUACCUCAAGGAUGAGGUCGAAACCCCUAGUCAUGUCCGGAAGAUGAUUGAGGUAUUUGACAACCGUAAUGAGCUUCUUGAAGAGAACGGACCGAGUGACUCCUCACCAGUGGUGUCUGCUGCCGGCAUCUGUGUCCCACCGUACCACUACCGGGCACUAUUAGUGGCACUCUGUGUUCUCCUGUCGCUGCUUCUAGCUAUGCUUACUGCUGCCUUGUAUAUUUAUAGGCGUUAUUGGCGUGUGCUGCGCAAGAAUAUCCAGGCGUCAUCCCCCGCGCCCGCACUCAGGCCAGUGACUCCUGGUCCCAGACCGACGCGAACCUCGCUGUUUUCCGCCUCGCAUCUGCAUAAACCAUUCUCUUUGAGUGGCUUAGGACGAACGUUUGCUGAAGUGGGAGAAGAAGCUGGUUCAUCGGGACGUCUUGCAAAUGCCUUCGACGACGGCAGCGAACCAAUAUACACUGACCCGUCUUUGUUUGAGAGGUCCAGGUCUCUCAGGUCUCUACACUCACUGGACAUGAAGCCCGACAGACGUGACCAUCGCGCUUAACUAAACAGUCAACAUAACAAUGCAUUUUAUAUCUAACUCGAAAAAUUAAUUCUUAUAAAAAGUAUUUUUAUUUUAUUAUAAUUUUGCAGAAUAAUAAUAAUGUAAUUUUAAUACCAUGAAUGCUCAG